AUGAGUAAUACUCCAAAUAGAAGGCUACCCGACGAAGGUGGAAAUGGUAGCAGCAGCGGCAGUCACAGUCACCCAUCUGUCAUAAGGUUUCCACAUGAAGAUCAGGGAACAUAUUCAGCUGUGGGUGGAAAGGUUGUGAAGAUCAAUCACAGUCACCCGUCUGUCAUAAGGUUUCCACAUGAAGACCAUGCUCCCUAUGAUGUGGGCGCCGAGGCACGGAUAUCAAAGAUUGCCCAACGCAAUGAGUCGCGUGAUGUCGACAGGAGAGCACCUUUGCUUCCUAUGUUCAGAAUUUCGACACCAAAUGACCUGCAUGCAGAUCAUGCUAGCACAGAAAAGUGGGCGGAGUUUAGAGACCCAAAAGACAAUAUCAAGGAGAUUAAGGUUGACAAUCGCGAAAUGAAACCAGAAACUAGGGAGCCACAGCAGGCUGCUAAAUCUGAUAAAUAUGAGAGCCGAGUUGAUGAAAAUAAAGAUUCGAAAUAUGAACGGGAUGCAUAUUCUGAGCCCAAAGGCAUUGAUAAAGUGGAUAAGGAUGGUUACAGUGGGUCUAUUAGCCAGUUGAAUUGGAAAGAUGUGAAAGAACAACACCGUGUGAAACAAUAUCCUGAUGUCCCUGGAGUAAAUGCGGACACCUGGCCUGGAUCACGUACUGGCUUGCAUGGGCCCGUUGAUGCUGCAAAGGAAAGUCAACAUGUGGAGAACAGAGACGUGCAUGAAGCCCGUGAGGCUGUUGGGGAGAACAAGGUUGACAUGAAAGGGGAUGACAAAAUUAAAGACAAAGAUAGAAAGAGGAAAGAAGUGAAGCAGUGGGACUGGGGGGAGAGGGACAGAGAAAGAAAUGAUCGCGGGAACAACUCUCCACCCGGUAACUGCAGUGGUGAAAAUAAAGAGGCUGUGAAGGAAGAAAGAGAGCCUGAGAGGUGGGGGAGUGAGAAGAAGGAGCCUCUGAAGGAAAAGGAAAAGGAUCAUGUCAAGAGGGAACUGUGGAGUGGUGCUGAAAAAGAUGCUGCCCACAAUGAAAAAGAGCUGGCAAAUAUUCCUGGAAAAUCUGUUGAACAGGAGAGUUCAGCUCUAGAACCUAAGAAGAAAGAACAUGAUAAUUGGAAAAAUGUUGAAAGGGAAGCAAGAGACAGGAAAAAGGAGAGGGACGCUGAUGUAGAACCAGAGAGACCUGACAAACGGAGUAGGUACCAUGAAAAAGAAAUGGAUGAGGGUGGUAUGAUUGCUGAAGGAGGUGCAGAACGAGAAAGAGAGGUUUUUAAUUCUGCAGUUCAGCAGCGAAAGAGAAUGCUGCGACCAAGAAGCAGUCCUCAAAUAGGAAAUAGUUCACGUCAAAGAGCAGGUGCCCAUGACAGCGAAGGGUCACAUGGUAAGGGUGAUGUGUCUUGCGUUAAUUAUAAAAUUGGUGAAUGUAUGCAAGAACUCGUCAAAUUAUGGAAUGAAUAUGGGUUGCAAGCUGAUAAAACAUGUGAACCUACCAUAGAAUUCCGUAUACCAGCUGAACAUGUUACUGCUACUAAUCGCCAAGUAAGAGGUGGGCAGCUGUGGGGGACUGAUAUAUACACCGUUGACUCAGAUUUGGUGGCUGUUCUUAUGCAUACGGGAUACUGUCGCCCAACUGCAUCGCCUCCUCCUCCUGCUAUUCAAGAGUUACGAGCUACUAUCAGAGUGUUGCCUCCACAAGAUUGUUACAAUUCUACAUUGAGAAAUAAUGUCCGUUCACGCGCAUGGGGAGCUGCAAUUGGUUGCAGUCAUCGAGUAGGUUGCAGCUAUCGAGUUGAACGGUGUUGCAUUGUGAAGAAAGGAGGAGGAGUUAUUGAUCUUGAACCUUGUCUCACACAUUCAUCAACGAUGGAGCCUACUUUGGCUCCAGUGGCUGUGGAGCGCACAAUGACUACCAGGGCGGCAGCUUCGAAUGCACUGCGCCAACAAAGGUUUGUGCGUGAAGUAACUAUCCAGUUCAACCUAUGUAUGGAGCCUUGGCUUAAAUACAGCAUUAGUGCGGUUGCAGACAAAGGUCUUAAGAAGUCCCAGUUUACAUCUGCCCGCUUAAAGAAGGGGGAGGUGCUAUAUGUAGAGACACAUUCUCGCAGGUACGAGCUUUGCUUUAAUGGUGAGAAGGUGAUUAAAGUUGUUCCAUCUGCACAUCAUGGGCAUGGAGUGGAAACUGGAAGAAGUCAAAGUUACAACUCUCAUCUUAGUAAUGGUGAAAAACAUGCAGUUGAUUGUGAUAGCACUGUUGUGGAUGUUUUCCGAUGGUCUCGUUGUAAGAGAAACCUCCCUCAAAAGAGUAUGCAAAGUAUUGGGAUCCCUCUACCCCUUGAGCAUGUGGAGGUUGUGGAGGAUAAUCUAGAAUGGGACGACAUAUCAUGGUCACAAACUGGCGUUUGGAUUGCGGGAAAAGAAUAUCAUCUUGCUCGGGUGCAUUUUUUAUCUCCAAACUAG